UGCGGUGUUGCAGGAAGGAUUUGUACCGCCAGCGUACACCAAUACUGCGAAUGAUUCACCCGAAUACACCUGCGCAAGCAGACGACCUUCUCAAGAGCAUCGAGCGAGAGUUUGAGCGACUAGCAUCCCAAGCACUUGCAAUAAAAUCGCAGCGCAAUGCUCUCGUUCCUAUUGGCCGCCUACCCCCUGAGGUGCUCGCCGAAAUCUUCUACGAGCUAGUCUGCAGCUACGACGAGCAAACGUACGAUAAGCCGCAGUAUUGGUUGGCUGUCACAUUCGUUUGCCGUGCAUGGCGCGCUGCUGCACUCAGUGCCCCCCGAUGCUGGAGUCAUAUCCACUUCCGCAGUGACGAUUAUGAUCGCGUAACGACAUUCCUCCAACGGUCAUGCAGCGCUCCUUUGCAGGUCAGCAUCAGUAUGGAGCUGCCAACACCGAUUCUGCAAGCUGUACUUGGGGCCAUGCACCGAAUACAAGAUCUUUCCUUCCGUCUGUCGCCUGGCGUCAUAGAACUCGCCGAGAAAGGCGACGGCUUUGCUUUCAAUGCUCCCCGGCUUCGCCGACUCACAGUAAAAUGCUGCAUCCCGUCAUCCAAAACACCACUCCCCACGCUUUCAAAUGCUUCAUGGCCCCUCCUCUCCAGUCUCGAUUGUACAGGAGCAUCGCUGAAUGUCGUACAAGCCAUGGUUCGGCCGACCUUGGCGGAACUCCGGGUCAAGGAGCGUCGGCCUAACACAAUCAGCGCCAUAAACUGGGUCAAUAUCCUAGGAGAAUUACCUUCCCUGGAGAAAAUUUACUUGGAAGCUGUAGCCCCUCUUGACGUUCCGCUUCGCGUCGUGCCAAAGCCAACCAGACAAGUCACGCUCCCCCGGCUCCGCACGUUAGACUUCACGGACCCCGGAAACGGUACCGCAUGUGCAACCCUCCUUAACCACUUGGUCGUCUCAGCCGAUACGUUGAUGAGAUUGCGGACAUACAAAGACUGCAUGAAGGAGGAGGCUGAGUACAUCCUUGGUGCUUUUGCUGCCAAAGCAUCUGGGAAAGACGCCCUAGGUGACCCACCGAGGCCCGCUCUUGCCAUGACAUUCGAUACAUGGCGGGCGAACGGGGUUUACAUCGGCAUAUAUGACGAGUACCUCACCACCGAGCGUACGACCCGAGACGGGCGCGAGGUACCGGGGCUUGACGACUACUCCCCGCGAUGUGAGAUCGCUAUCGCAGGAACGGGUCACGAUAGUAGCGACGUCCCAAUACAGGUGCUCACGUCGUUGUAUCCCCUUUCGAAGAUAAACAUUGUCGAUAUACGUACAACUCCCCUCAAUAUCAAGACGGAAGGAGUCUGGCAAGCAGUCUCGCAGUUGCCCGACGUCCGCGAGAUUGAGAUUGUGUACGACGAUGAUACUGCCGCCUCCUUCUUCAGCUUCAUGGAGCGGAGCCCUGUGGCAUUUCCCAAGCUCGAACAGCUAGCGCUCUCCGCAUGGAAAAGAAGUUCCUGGAGCAAGCGCGAGAGACAGAAACUGGCCGACACUCUCAUGUCGCUGCUAAUACGGCUAUCGGGCGAUCGCAAAGAGCGCGGUAUGGAAGUGAAGUGUCUUGACAUCGACUUCGGUGGCGGCAUGAGCUCCAAGGACAAGUCUCAUCGGACUCUUUCGAAGCUGGGGGCGCUAGUUGGGGAGAUAAGAGGCAUUAGACAACUCCGAAGCCACGAUGACGACAAGUAAAUCGGGUAACAUGGCGAGUAGGACGUGUCUCUUAACGCUGUGGCGCAACAAGCCAUGUAAAGGCAUAGUAUUUGUGGUAGCCAUGGUGCCUGUCUCGUAUUAGCUCAUGUGCCGUCUUUAGAGUGAAUGCUCUACUUUCAGCUACACAUGUGCUCGACGUGGGUUUCCCGUAGUACAAUAGUUUCAUGAUAAUCAAUCCGCUCG